AUCGUCCAACGUAGCUUAAACACCCGCUCUACACGAUGGGCAUCGUUCUUGGCCAACACAUUCGCCAGUAUGUUGGCCAACGUGAAGAGCCGCCUUUAGAAGUAUAUAUCUCUAUGUAAAAUUACUACACUAAAACUAAAUUGUAAAUUGCUAUAUGAUUUUGAUUUGUGGUUGUUGUUGUUCUUCAAGUAUUAUAGGUUGAGAAAAAAAAAUAAUUUAUAAAAAUACUUAACUGUAUAACCUGUCGGAAAUAUCUGCGAACCUCGCUGGAAUGCGCUUCCCCUCGCGCUUCCCCGCACCUCCGCCCGUUAUCGUCUAUCCAGUACCGUUGCCAUCUCUCCAUAUUGCAUGACGUCAUCAAGCCAGGUUCGCAGAUAUUUCCGCCCGUUAUCGUCUAUCCAGUACCGUUGCCAUCUCUCCAUAUUGCAUGACGUCAUCAAGCCAGGUUCGCAGAUAUUUCCGACAGGUUAUAACCUCAUCGAUGUGUUAACCUAGCGUUAAGUUGUUUUUAUCUAUCUGUAAGCAAAACUUUUAAGAAUACUUUAUAAUAUGGCGUCCGUCACAAAUGGAUACGGAUUGUUGCGAACUCCUGCUUUGUUUGUAAUUGCGAAACGAUUUCGUGGAAAAAUAAAUAUACAAAAACCUCGGAAACCUCAUUUUGAAAGGCAGCUUUUAAUAGACUUAACUAAACCAGUUUUUGGACCCCCUAAAUACAAAUUACCUGAUCUUGUUCUUUGUACUAAAUUACAAGAAAAACGAAAUACUGAAAUUGAUAAUCCAUUUGAAAGAAUUUUAGCAAAAGAAUGCCUGGAUUGGUUUAAUACUUCAAAGAUGGUGGUUUUCUUACAUAUGAAUUCGAUAAGUAUGGAGGAUAAAACGCCAAUUUUUGCUGCUUUGAGGAAAAAUAAUAUGCAUUUGAGAACAUAUGGCAAAAAAAUUGUUAGCAUGGCUACCAAAGGAACUCGCUAUGAAGCUGUUAAUUGUCUUUUUACUUCUCAUCAGAAUAUUAUUUUUGGCCAACCAGAAAAUGCUGAUAAGAUGUUCAAAAUUUUAAAGAAAGCCCCACAACUUGUUGUAAUGGCGGGCAUAAUUCAAGACAAAUUUAUGUCUAAGAAUGAGCUUUUGGAGUUCAGCAAGUUGCCAAGUUUAGAUGUAGCAAGAAGUCAACUAUGUAGUGUUCUCCAAAGUGCUGCUUCUUGUCUUGUCGGGCAACUCAAUCAAAGUCAGCAGACACUUGUGUCACAUCUUGAAAAACAUUUAGAAAUUCAAAAAGGUGGAGAAAAGCAAGAAUCAUAGUAUUUAUAAUUAGAUAAUAUAAGUUAUUAUUAGAAUGUUUUUAUGAUUUUUAUUUAUAACUAGCUAAGCUCAUGUACAAACAAGAUCAUAAUAUCAUCUACGCUGUUGUAUCUGCUGUAUAUUUGGCAUAAAAACUUCUCAACCCUCUGAGAUAUGAGAUCGUCUUUGAAAUCAACGCAAGUAAAGCAGAUGAAGGUUUUAAUUAAAAUAUAGACUGACAUUUCCAAACAUUGUGCUGUCCACAGAAAACAGUUUGCAUUGAUCAAAAAUUACAUAAUGUUGUUGUAUAACAUAAAUUAUAUUUAUAUUUUUUUGUAUAUACAAUAAAAGUAAAUAUUGAGAGGCCU